UAGUAACAUUAUACUGCUGUCACACCUCAUAAAAUAUGACAGAAUAAACUGACUAUUUAUUGCUGCAGACACUUCAUGUACCUCAAAAGGAACAUUAUAGUGAUACCACAGAAGAUUAAAAACUCAAUCAAAAAGGAGAAGGUUAUUAUACAUUCAAGAUUUACUACCACAGAAACAGUAGAUGCCCAAAAGUAAUAACAUCCUAGAAGAUGACAGAGCCUGUUGAUUAGCAGGGAUGCUUUGUGAAUUUAAAGUGGCAGACGGCUGAUUUUUUUUUUUUUUUCUGUUGGAUGUGACUCACUCACAUGGAUGCUGCACAUCUCAUUCUGAGGCUCAGUGAGCUGCAGUGACAAACACCAUCAGACAGCCGGACCAUCCUCAGGCCAAGUUCUGAACACACCGACCCCAAUCUACAUCUGUGCGAUGACCUGGGAGAUAUCACGGAACUGUUCCCAGAAGAAUUCUUCUAUUCCACUGUCAGCUACAUCUCCAACCUUAGCUGAGUCUCCCUCCUGUUGCUGCAACUCGUCCAACUCCCUGUUCUUCCCGUCCUUUUCUGGGUUAGACCUCCUGUUCGACCUGAGACUCCUCUUCAUCCCUCUGUACUGCGCUGUGGUCCUGGUUGCCUGCUUUGGCAACCUCCUGCUGCUCUUCCUCAUUUGGCACAACAAGAAAAGACACAACACGACCCAUUUUCUCAUCAGCAACUUGGCCCUUGUUGACUUGGUCAUGUGUGUGUUGUGCGUGCCUUUGACGGCGUCAUAUGCUUUUGACAAACGUGGUUGGAUAUUUGGCCCCCAAAUGUGUCAUUUUGUCACUAUGAUGCAGUGUGCCGCCGUCUACGCAGCAGUGCUGUCCCUCAUGGCCAUUGCAGUGGAUCGUUACAUUGUUGUGGCUUAUCCCAUCCGGAAAAGAGCAGGUUGUCAGUUCUGCUGUGGUCUGGUGGUGCUGAUCUGGUUGCUCUCUCUGGCGCUGUCCAUGCCCACGGCACUGCAUACAGUCUACCUGGAUCUGCGGGCUGCAGGCCUUCAGAUGGCCAUAUGUGAAGAGUUCUGGGAUGGACAGGAGCAUGGCCGCCUCAUCUAUUCCUGUUUCAUUCUCUUCUUCUCGUAUUUUGUCCCAUUGACCACUGUUUCUAUUUCCUACUGCGCCAUAUCCCAUCAGCUAAGGCACGGGGCCAUCUCAAGUUUGAAAGUGUCUCCUGAUCUGAGAUCUGCAGGAGCAGUCUGGACCAGACGGAGGAGGAAGACCUUUUACUUGCUACUGGCAUCCGUUCUCUGCUUUGCCUUCUCCUGGCUCCCAAUACAGGUGGUGAAUUUGAUCCGCGAUCUGGACACCGACUUCUCCAUCCUGGGGAAGAAUUACGUAAACAUCAUUCAGGUUUCGAGUCACCUGUUCGCCAUGAGCUCUGCCUGCUACAACCCAUUUAUUUAUGCCUCAUUACACAAUAAGUUCCUGUCCUACCUGUGUCGCCACUUUCUAUCCUGGAGAAGGGGGACAGCAAAGGUCAGAGGUCAGGGGUCAAGCUUGGGGACAGCGUCGCAGAGAGUGCUGCGCCUUCACAGCUGCUCCAUUGUAGCAGAGGUGCCGGAUACCGCGACGAAGAACAACCUUCCUCUAAACAACUACGCUUGUGUGAUUUAAAACCAUCAAGGGUUUCAACAACUGCACGGAACACAGACAUAAAAACAAUGUAAACAGCAACCUGAUUACUGUAGUUCUCUGUGUACAUUCGGAAUACAUUUUCUGUCGGGUCCAUAAGUCUUUGAACAGUGACAAUAUUUGGAAUUUUGUACACCAC